ACCCCCGGCAUUGUGAACUUUAUCUUGGAUAGAUAUGAGAUUCUCUUUCAAUUCAGGCAGCUUAAUCGAUUAUCUUGACUGACAGGGAGAGAGCGAAAGAUGGCGAUAGAAGUGGCUAUCUCGAGACCAGAGAUGAGAAUCUUUUAUGAAAUGAGAGAUGCUUAUGCGAAAGUUUUGAAAAAUGAUGCUCAAGGCUUAAAGGGAAUCUACCAGACAAAUCCUGACGCCUUAUUCAAUCGGAUCACGGCCUGUAGAGAUACCAUAUUUCACAUUGCAGCUUACAGAGGCAGUGAAGAAGUGCUUCAAGUUCUGCUUCAAAUGGUGCCGCCGUCUAAGAAACGUGAGCUGUUGAAGAUGAAGAACAUUUAUGGGAACACGAUUCUCCACGAGGUUGCUACCUCUGCCAAUAUUAAAGUAGCAGAUUUGUUAAUCAGGGAGCUGUUGUUCUCUGACAGGAUAUUAGACGAUGAAAGGGAUAUUCGACAACGGGGAGAGAUACUGGCGGAUCGGAACAAGUUAGGCGAAACCCCAUUCUUCAGGGCCGUAGAAUAUGGCAACAAAACCAUGGUGAUGUAUUUGGCAAGAGAAAUCGAAAGAGUCGGGAAUCUUGAGAAUCACUACAAGAGAGAUGAUGGGGUCUCCAUUCUGCAUAUUGCUGUGAUCAGCCAACACUUUGAGACUGCUAUUUGGUUAUUGGAAAAGGACAAAGAACUUGCAGCUUACAAAGACAAGAAUGGCAAGACAAGUCUUCAUAUCCUGGCUGGAAUGGCAACUGCUUUCCAGAGUGGUUCUCCCAUGACAAGAAUAUUGAAAAAAACCAUCUAUUACUGCCUUCCAAGCGAUCCAGGUAAGGAGGAUGAGAGUGAUCGGUUUCCAUCAAAUCUGCAGAACAGGGAUUUGGAGCAUGGCGAUCCAAGCAAAGGUCUCAAUCAAUCAGAUCGCUCCAAAGGCUUCAAGUUGUACUGCGCCAUUUGGAGGUGCCUCGCCAAAGGAUGGAAAAUGAUUGAUCAUAUGUGGAGCCAAAAGAAAAUGCAUGUAUCAGCUGUUAAACUGGCGAAGAUGCUAGUAGGAACGGACGCUUCUUGGUUUGAGCCUCAUGAACCAGAGGAGGACGACAAGAUUUGCUUAGAAAGAAAGGAAAAAGAAGAAGAAAGGGUGAAGGGUGCAGCGGCGAGAAAGGAAUCGGAUGAACCUGAUACGCCGUUGUUCAUUGCGGCUAGCACGGGCAUUGUGGAGAUUGUGGACGAGAUACUCAACAUGUAUCCUCAAGCAGUCGAGCACAUCAGUAAAAAAGGACAGAACAUACUUCAUGUGGCCAUCAUGCAUCGUAAAUACAAAGUGUUUGAUGUCGUAAAGAGUAAGGAAGAGGCAAAGAGGCUGGUCAGGGGGAUCGACAAUAAUGGCUGCACCAUUUUGCACCAUGCUGCCGAGACCAAGUACUAUCAGGGAGGAACCAAACCUACUCCUGCUCUCAAACUGCAACAGGAGUUGACCUGGUUCGAGAAUGUGAAAAAUCAAAUCCCCUCACAUUUUACCAUGCACCGCAACAAAAGCAAUGUUACAGCAGAUCAGCUGUUUAAGGAGAUGCACCAAGAGCAACUUAAAACCGCACAGGACUGGGUGAAGAACACCUCUCAGUCAUGUUCAACCGUCGCAGUCCUUGUCGCUACUGUUGUCUUUGCAGCUGCCUACACCGCACCCGGGGGUUUCCUGCAGGAUGGUCGUCCCAUUCUCCUGGAAAAACCGCUCUACUCGUUUUUCACUGUCAUGGACGUUGCUGGCCUGGCAAGCUCCUUGACCUCGGUGGUGAUCUUCCUCUCCAUCCUCACGUCUUCCCUUGAGUUUGAAGAUUUCCUUCACAGGCUCCCUCGGAACCUCUCGCUCGGCUUCACCUUUCUCUUCUUCUCUGUCACCUCGACCAUGCUUACCUUCACAGCCACGAUUCUACUGCUUAUUCAUUUGGAGAAAAAAUGGACUGCAAGUCUAACGUACGCCGCUGCAUUCCUUCCUAUCUGCGUAUUCGCAUUGUUUCAAUUCCCUCUGUACUACGAGUACUUUGUUGCUGCAGUCAAGAGCAUUUUCGAUUUUUUUAGAAGGAACUUACCUGGAAACUGGGAAUUUCUUCAGAUUAAAGAUGAUUAAGAACCAAUAUCUGUUUCAAUGCCCUUUUAUUUAUGGAUUGAAUUUUAUUUGUGUAUUUUCUAGUAGGUUUUUGUACCCUUCUAAGCUUCAAUAAUACCACUUGCUGUUGAA